CCCACACACACACUCUUCUAGUGACGUGUUCGGUCGUAUAGCAGUCUUAUUAUACAGUCAGUCACAUGUUUCCACGUUACAGAGGGCGAGUGUGUGCGUUUUCAUGCUAUAUAUGUGUUGUUUGUGAAUGUGUUUCAGUAAGUAUUUAAGACAUCCCGUUUCGCUUUCAUUUAAACUGCGCUUCGGUGCAGCUCCGCCCUCGACAGAGAAAACAGGGAGAAACGAGCAGGAACUCGACUUAACGGAGGACUCCAAGCUGUUGGUGAAGAUGGAUGAUCACAGGAACCUGUUGGACCGCAUGCCCAGCCCCCCCUCUGUGCCUCCCACAGUCUCCGUGCUGUCCAAGAUCAUCGCGACCGCCCUGCCGAUCGCUCAGAUUGCUAUAGGCUCUCUGUACCUGAAUGACUGCCCUGUGCAGCCCCGCAUUCCCAUAUACCUCAUUGUGUCGGGGGUGUUUGUGCUCUCCCUGGAUCUGGUGUCCUGUGUCCCCCGGGGGGAGAGGGUGGAGGAGGGAGAGAGCUUUUACCGCAGCUUCAUCAACACCUGGAGCUCUCUGGCCUCCCUUUUCCUGUUUAUUUGGUUUAUCACAGGGAAUGUGUGGAUCUACUCCAUAUAUGAGCCUUCGUACAGUGUUCCUGACAUGCAGUCCUGCCACAAGACUCUGUACCUGUUUGCGUUUUGGAGCACCACAGUGGUCUACAUCAUUGUGGGGGUGAUGCUGCUGGGGGGGUGCUGCCUCAUGCUGUGUAUGUGUGCUUUGGGGCGUGGCAGCGUACGCAGCGAGGAUGUGUAGGGGGGAACCACCGGCCCCCUCGCCCCCCUGCCCAGGCCCACAUGGUUAAGAAGGAGUUGGAUGGUUUAUCCGUGUUGUUGCACAUACUGUUUCGUUGUUGACUUCUAUGUUUUGUUAAAUCUUUUCUUUUUUUCCAUUGUGCUGCCGCUUGUCACAAAGUGAAGAGACGCUCUUCACAUUAGCUGAAGUUACUGGGUAUGAAAUUAGCGAGGGAGUUGGCUGUUUUAUGCUGUGUGUGUUUGUUCAUGUGUCACUUCACUGAUCUGUUUCAAUUGUUCAAAUGGGUAGGGUUUAUAAUGUAGGCAGAAUUGUACACAGUCUAUCGGGUAUUGAAAGAUGUAAAAUGUAAUUUAAUUUUACAUCAUGAUGUAACUCUAUGUAUGGCUCCUAGCACAAUAAGUUGUCUGUCAAUAAUAAAAUGCUUUAACCUCCUU